AUGGAGCAGAUCGGUGUGAGGGAACGGAGGAUUAGGAUAGAGGUUACUUGCAAACCUCAGAGUUCAUCGUGUCAGCUCAAAGUGCCCGUAUCUUUUGCUGAACCAUUUUACUCUCAUUUUGAAAAUACACCAAGAGAACUGGUUGACAAUGUUGUGGAGGAACUGGAGCUUUGCGUAACAUUGCUGGAAGCCUGGCCCGGAGAGGGACAGAAGACACCCUUUACAUUCUUCAGUGACAUCAUUUGGAGGGGCUGGGAUGAUGAUGAAACUUGUGAGAAAUAGCCAGCUCUGGUCGAGGAACUAUUCAUGCUGCAAUCGAUUCAUUAUUGCAGUAAUGUUAAAGAAGAACUGGCAGCCGGAGAAGCUGAGGAAUACUGGAAAAAUGAACUGGUACGGCUAUCUGAAGUGCUGACGACAUGGAGGACCUACAUCUCCGUAUGGGUGAAAGAUUUUUCCAUGGACACUUUGCCUCAGCAACAGGGUAAGUUGGACGUGGCUUUAGAAAGUUGGUACAGUGGAGACCACACGGUUGUUUUCCCAGGAGAAGACAAGGCUGUGAAAUCAUUCCUGUUAACUAAAGACAUUAUUAUUGCACCUUAUGUCCUGAAAACAACGCAGAAAACCGGAAAACCAGAAGAAACCACGAUUGUUUCUGAACCCCCUCACGAGAGCUUUGUGGUAUCAAGAGCCCAAGAUACAAACCUAACGCACUUUAGGUCAGUACAGCAGAAAACGACUGCGUACGACGGCGUGAAGGAGCUGGCGUCCGCGCUCACCGGAGCUUCUCUGACGUUCACAGAUAGCGAGGUUACUGGCGCUCAGAGCACUGGUGUUGAGCCAUAGCCAAGAAGCACAGACAUCUUGGAAAGUAACAAAAUUCGUCACUGCAAGAGUAUCAGAACCAGUGAGGCCUCACAUCAUAGCCUGGGUGGCAUCCAUGUUAAGGUUGUUCCUGCAGAAGAAAAAUGA